AACCACAAGGAGAGGGGAGCGAGAUGAUGACCUCCACUAGGGCUAGAGCGGCCUCGAAAAGAAAAGGAACUUCCGGGGCGGAGCUAUCUGAACCUCUCCCUUCCGCAGUGGAAAUGUGGACCUCUUGCACUGUUAAGGUCCACGAUUGCUUGGCCUCUACUUCCGUUACUUUGAAACGGUGUCUGAGAUUGGGGGUAGCCAUGGCAAAAAGCAAGUUUGAGUACGUACGGGACUUCGAGGCUGACGACACUUGCCUCCCUCAGUGCUGGGUGGUAGUGCGGCUGGACGGCAGGAAUUUCCAUCGGUUUGCUGAGAAGCACAACUUUGCAAAACCUAAUGAUAGCCGCGCUCUCCACCUGAUGAACAAAUGUGCCCAGACUGUAAUGGAAGAACUGGAGGACAUUGUGAUUGCAUAUGGACAAAGUGAUGAAUACAGCUUUGUGUUCAGGAGGAAAAGCAAUUGGUUUAAAAGAAGAGCCAGUAAGUUCAUGACUCAUGUGGCCUCCCAGUUCGCCUCCAGCUAUGUGUUUUAUUGGAAAGAUUACUUUGAGGACCAGCCUCUUCUGUAUCCCCCAGGCUUUGAUGGAAGAGUUGUCGUGUAUCCUAGCAACCAGACUUUAAAGGACUACCUCAGCUGGAGGCAAGCAGAUUGUCACAUCAAUAAUCUUUAUAAUACAGUUUUCUGGGCACUUAUUCAACAAUCUGGACUAACACCAGUACAAGCCAAAGACAGAUUACAGGGAACUCUUGCAGCAGAUAAAAAUGAGAUCUUAUUUUCUGAAUUCAAGAUCAACUACAAUAAUGAGCCGCUGAUGUACAGGAAAGGGACUGUGUUGAUAUGGCAGAAGGUGGAUGAAGUCACGACAAAAGAAGUUAAGCUGCCAGCAGAAAUGGAAGGGAAAAAGAUGGCUGUAACCCGGACCAGAACGAAGCCAGUACUCUUACACUGUGAUAUCAUUGGGGAUGCUUUCUGGAAGGAACAUCCAGAGAUCCUUUAUGAAGACAGCUGACACUCUGCUCUUCAAUUCUGCUGUGUUUAACCAUGCAAGGCUCCCAGGUCUUCUUGCCUUAGGUGGCCCUAGCAUUCCUGCCACCCAGAACUGUACCAGGAGUGACAUGACUUGAGUUGGGAGGGAUCAGGGAAGGAAGGAAUUGAUGGGGGUUGUAUAUCUUGUUCUCUUAAGCAGAACACCUUUUUUGCAAUGUUAGAACAUGAUUUCUGUGGGUUUUUUUCCAAAAUCGUGGUACUAUUUUUAUAAAGUAAGAACUAUUUAAU